AUGUGGCGGCCAUCUUCGCUGGGUGCGCGGCUGUGCGCCGGAGUGGCGCUGGCUAUGUCGCUGUCGCUGGGCGCCAGCCGCCGCGACUACAAGGACCCGGAGUCGCGCCAGACCGACAUCUCCCUGUGGAUCGACGAGAGACAAGUCCGUUCAUUCAGCGGUAUAUCAAUGAGAGUGUUUGCGAUUCAGAACGGCAAGAUAUCGCCAUACAUUUUGGAUCCAAAUUUUUCACUCAAGUUACCUUUAAUACCGUCCGAAGUUGAAUUUGUUAAUUUCACUUGGAGAUCGAGGAAGAAGUACUUUUAUAAUUUCGAUACACUGAAGUCGUCUGACCUUAAAGUGCUUAGCCCACCAGUAUUGUCGAUUAAAACCCAAGGGAGAGUACCUAAAACUGACAAAGAAUUCAGUGUAUCUCUACCAUGUGUUGGAAAUAGCAGUGGUGUAGCCACAUUAGAAAUAGGACUAGUACUCAAAAGUGGCCGGGGUAUCCCACUUAAGGGUACCCCUUUGAGGUUUAACUUAAAGAAGGAAUGCGCACAGAGAGGGCCGGAUCCAGAGUGCGAUAAAAAGUGUGCGAACCAAGGUUGGUGCAACCACGAGAAGAUCUGCCAGUGCCCGGAGGGGUAUAUGGGGCAGCACUGUCGUACGGCGCUCUGCUACCCGCAGUGUCUGCACGGAGGCAACUGCACUGCGCCCGGAGUCUGCUCCUGCCCGCCCGGAUACCACGGCAGCAACUGCGAGGGCGGAAUAUGCUCGCAGAAAUGCCUCAACGGAGGGAAGUGCAUACAGAAGGACACCUGUGAAUGUCCGAAGGGAUAUUAUGGGUUACGUUGCGAAUUCUCGAAAUGCGUGAUCCCGUGUUUGAACGGGGGCCGGUGCAAAGGCGCGAACAAGUGCCGCUGUCCCGCGGGGCUGGGCGGCAACCACUGCGAGGUGGGCCGGCGCCAGGGAGAGUGUGCGCGCGCUUGCAAGCACGGCACCUGCAGCCUCGGGGCCUGCCGCUGUCACCCCGGCUGGAGGGGCCGGUACUGCCACCGCGCCAUAAACACCGCACCCGCCGCCUCAGGAUCCUCCGAAGAAUCCGAUGAACACAGAAGAAACCGAUGA